AGUCAGUCAGACAGUCGGUCGUUUACAGAGGUGCGAGUUUUACGUUACUCACCAAAUGUGCUUUUAAAACGCUGACAAAAAACAGUGUCGCGCUUGUCAAGCGCAUUCAACUUGAUUUUUAACCUACAGUGCCAGUUUUGGAAACUACAUUUGGUUUUGUUGUACUUUGAUCGUUUCAAGUUGUUCAAACAGGGACAGCAAGGUGUCCUGUGCGAGGGAGUAGAAGGAAGGAUUUUUCUUUAACCCAGUUCUCUGUUGGCUUUGCUGGAGUAUGACUGCUGACAUGUACAGUUAGCCUACUAGACAUUUUCUUUGACAGAAAGGAGAGAGUAAGUUUAUGCUACCCUUCAUCCUCCUCGCUGGAUAUCUAUGGAGAGGGUGUCCUGUAUGCUCUCACGCAGCUCUUGGAGUUACUUGCGGCCGAGACCGUGAAUGUUGAAUUCACCGACCUGGAUAGCAGAAGACGACACACUUAACCUCAUUUGAAUGCCUUUGCAAGGAGUUUGCUGGUUUCUGUGCUGCAGGCAGGGCUUUAGUUUGCUCGGACGGGACUAUGGGGAGAAAGAGGAGGAAGCGUCUUUUGAAUUGCGCAACAAGGAGGACUUGACUCCCAAUGGACGGAGCCCAGCUGAAGUGACUGUUUCUCAACCAACUCGCACAGCCAAUGGAACAAAUGGGCACACUGUCUCAGAGGUGAAUGAAGAGAUGAAGAGCCUGGUCAUCGAGAAGAGUAAGAUGGGCCUGGAGGAAGAGCCUGAAGUGCUGGUCAAGGGGUGGCUGUUGCGGGAGGUGCGAGGAAACUGGAUCAAGCAGCGUCGGUACUGGUUCAUGCUGAGCCAGGAUUCCCUUGACUACUACACCGGACCAGAGAAAGGAGCCCGCAGACUGGGCACGCUGGUCCUCACCAACCUCUGCUCUGUCAUCUGGCCAGACAAGCAGACAUACAAGGAAACGGGCCACUGGAGCAUCACAGUAUAUGGACGGAAGCACUGCUACAGGCUGUACACCAAGCACUUCAACGAGGCUGUGCACUGGGCAUGUGCCAUCCAGAAAAUCAUUGAUACCAAAGCACCAGUGGAAACACCAACACAGCUACUUAUUCGAGACAUUGAGGAGAAUAAGUUCAACCCUGAGGCAGUGGAGCACAUAUACCAGCACAAUCCCAUCCUGAAGUACACCCAGGGCCCCCUGUAUGCUCCUCUGCUGCCCUUCCCAUACGGCAGCCUGGAGCACACAUACCACAGCGGAAAAGGCUACGGCUCGGUGCGUGAGGAGGCCGUGAAGCUCUUCAAUUGCCUGCAGCAGCUAGAGUCGGCAUGGGAGCCGGUUCCCAUCAUCCAGGGUGUGCUGCAGACCUGCCUGGACCUGCGGCCCCUCCGCGACGAGGUCUACUGCCAGCUAGUGAAGCAGACCAGCUACACGCCUGCCCCGUACACUGCAGCACACCUCCGCUACUGGCAGCUUCUCACUUGCAUGAGCUGCACCUUCCUGCCUGGGCCCACCGUGCUCAAGUACCUGCGAUUCCACCUUAAGAGGAUCCAGAGCCAGAGUCCUGAGUCUGAGAUGGAUAACUAUGCAUCAUUCAUCAGCGAGGCUCUGGAGAAGACAAAGUGUCGGGAGUGUGUGCCAUCCUGGGAGGAGAUCCAGAUGCUGAUGAGCCGACAGGAGAUGCUGUGCACUGUGCACUAUCCUGGCCCUCUAUCCUGCCAGCUCUACAUCAGCUCACACACAACCGCCAAUGAGGUGGUUCGAAGGAUGCAGGAGAAGCUCGGCCUGCAAGAAAGCAAAAACACAUUUGCACUGUACGAGCAGAAUGCACUGUGGGAGCAGCCGAUCACAGGCAGCGCUCUGAUUGCUGACAUCCUGACCAGGUUUGAAAACCUCUCCACCAAAGAGUCAGAGUCUGAAUCCCAUUGGAAACUGUGUUUCAAGCUCUACUGCCUGUUGGAUGCUGACAGCAUAUCAGUAGACAGCAUUGAGUAUAUCUUCCUCUUUGAGCAGUGCCAUGAGAUGGUGGUGCGUGGCCAGCUGCCAGCCUGUGAAGAGGACCUGCAUGCCUUAGCUUCCCUGAGGCUUCAGUGUCUGAUGGGUGACUUCAGUACUCAUGCCCCCUGCCCACCUCUGGACGAGCUUUUCCCAGGUCACGUUCUAGAAGCUCGAGUCCUCAUGUCCCUCUCUGCACCCCAAACCCUGCCUCCUUGUCAGGUGGCUGCCCAAGGCUGCCCCACGACACAGCGCUUCCACACGGGCCUCCUGGCUGGGGCGCUGUGGAGCCACACGGCUACAGCAGCGCACAAGCAAAAGGUGGAGCAGGACAUGCGUCUGCGGAGUCGGCUGAAGGAGGAGGGAGCGACUGUCAUGGUAUCCAUCUUGGAGCGUUGGAAAGGUCUAGCCGGCUACAGCCGCAGGGAUAGUAUGGCCGCCUACCUCACAAUUGCACGCCAGUGGUCAGGCUUUGGAUGCACUCUUUAUGAAGUGGACUUUUAUAUUAGUUCGACAGGGAGUUUUUCCCAGAAGUUGUGGCUGGGUGUAGCUGCUACAUCGGUGUCUCUGUAUCGGCAGGGAGAGGCAGAGGCCCUGGAGUCCUUCCCUUAUGGCCAGAUCUGUUCUUAUGGCGUAUCCGAUAGCAACACCUUCAAGAUCACAGCUGGGGAUCGGGAUCUGCUGUUUGAAACCACCAAGCUGACUGAGAUCAUGCAGCUGAUGAAUGCGUAUUUCAGUGCCAUCCAUCGCGAGCGAGGAAAAGGGGAAGAUGCGGACAUCACCAUCACAGAAAGCACAGAGGUGGGAUUCCAUCACCUGGCCUUGACACACACACCCACCCUCCUGGAGCUGCCCUCGCACCCUGUUUGAAAGGGAUCCAUACCUGAACAUCCCCAACCCCCCACCAUCCUAAUCCACGUGGCCCCUGUGAGGCCCAGCCCCAAUCCUCAGGACACCACGCCUCCUCCACUGGGAACGGCACGGCAGCCAAAACAAAGAGAGGGCUGUUUUCGCUCCCCAUCCGUGAAAAUAAACCCUUGCUGAGCUUUCCCGCUAAGGGAGCUGGACGAUGGAGGAGGGAGGGUGCGGGAGGGGACGGGAAGGCAAGGGGGUUCUGUUUUGCAAGUGAGGCCAGAAACCCACAGAAACCAAUGCGGUUGCUGAUGAGCUGUCACACACCCUCCACCCCAUCCUGUCACGCAACCAACUCUGUUACCCUACAUGGCAACACCUCCACCCCCCCUUAGACAAUAUGAGACGUUGGCAUGAGCCUUACUACAUCAGGGAGAGAUAGCAUCACAAGAGUUAGGACUUAUGGCAACAAUAAGCUGUGGUACUCCUCUCACGAAGGUAUGGCUUAGAGUGAAAACACUACUCUCUCCUUUUCUCUCUCGAAGUGUGCCAUAUUUGUUUUGCCUUUCCUAGAAGGCAGUUGUCCCUCAUGCACUGCUGGAAUAGUGUUGAGAACAUUCAGUGACACACACACCCUCCCGUCUUUGGUUCUCUUUCACACACGCAUACACACACUCUCUCUCUCACGUGCCCUUAUGCUGACAUGUUCAUCAGAGACAGUCCGUUUUCAUAAGGUCCCCGGCCGGGUUUGCAUUACCUGGAACUGUUGAUGCAGUGAGCCAUGUGAACUUGGAACUGGAAACAGAUGUUGAACUCUGUAGCUAAGUCACUUUGGCUGCCAUUGCCAUAUAUACUCUUACCUAUGGGAUUAUGUGUGUGUGUUUGUGUGUGUGUGUGUGUUUGUGUGUCUAUUUGAUCAAGAAAAUCAUUUCCUGGACUACAUUCAGGAUCUGAGUCUGUCACAGAAACAAAAAAGGAUUUCGGAACGAUUUCUUUGUUGUUUCCAUCAAAUGCUCUCCCGUGUCCUUCGUUGUGCUGCUUGUCUUGGCUGUAAUCCUCAACACGAAACUUUGUUCUAUCCUAAUGCAGCUCUUCUCUGCUGAAAAUAACAGGUGCUUCUCUGUUUAUUAUGGUUAUUUUCACAAUGUAUAUAUAAUGGAAGAAAUUAAACUUAGAGUACACAUAAAACCCCUAGUCAGAGAUCUGGAUCAUAAGAGAAGAAGUGACGCCAUAUUUACCAUGCAGUUCCCCUGCUAUUUAAACCAAAACGUUUUUUAAUCAGGCCAUGGAUGCUUUUGUAGUAUUAUUUAUGCAAAGUUUGCUAUUUUAUCUGUGCUUUGUCUUAAAUGCAGACCCAGAUUUGUUUUCUGAUAAAAUGUUAACCAACAGCCAUAAAUGCUUUUGGUUGUGUUCCAAGCUGUGUUCCCCUUGAUCCCCCUGCAGUUCAGAUGUGUAAAUCCUGUGUAGCUCCGUCUUUGUGUUCACUGUUCGAGUGUUCUUGUGAAGCCAAAGUUUUGCCAAGUCAUGGGUUUGAGCAUGGACCAAAGAUAUUUUUUUUCAAAUAAGCUUUUAUUACAAGAAAUGAUCCCAAAGCAGACAGAUCCCCCCCCAUUUAUAUUUGAGUGUUUUCACAUUUACAAAUUUUUCUUUAAACUUGAAUGUCAAAUAUAAAAAAACAUCCUGUUGUAUACAUUGUACACCUUAUUUUAAUGUAGAUGACCUUUUUAGAAAUCUGAGACCAGACUUUGUAAAUAUAAUUUGAGUACUGUCUUUUACACAACCCCAUGCAAUAACCAGCCUCAAGACUUAUGUCUUCUCACCAUGAAAGGCCUUGACGAGUCAUUGCACAGUCAGCCCCGUUUCCUGCUCACAAUCAGGUCUUUUGCUUUUUCUACUGCAGCUGCAGGCAGCUCCAAGCUACAAGUAUGAAAAUAAAAUAAAUCAAACUGCAGAUGUUGCUUUGUAUUAAGCUUGUUUGUAUGCUGCAUGGUACCCUUUUUAUGUAAUGUGUGUAUAGUUAAUUGCACUGUUUGUUUUUAACUAACCUGGAAGUGCAAUAAAAAACUAUAAAUACUGUAUGUAAUUAAUAAAACGGCACCAUUUUACCAUAA